UAUGUCAUGUAUCAGAUGAAAAAUGGCGGAGCUACAAUUCGAAGCUCCGCUUGCUAAAUUUGAAAACGGAGAUUGGAACGAAUAUAACGAAUUUCAAGGUGUAACAGACAUUCAGAACUCAAACAAAGACUACGAAAAAAGAAGAGGAUUAGAUGUAACUGAUAAUGGCGGUUCAGACAAUUUUGUAGACACAUUUUCGGGAUCGCUUGAGGAUUUGGUUCAUACAUUUGAUGAGAAAAUUACGAAGUGUUUUCGAAAUUUCGAGGAGAAUGUUGAUACAAUUGCGCCUGUACAAAUACGAACUCAAGAAGAAAUAAUGACUGAUUGCCAGAUGUGGUGGACAAUUACAGGGAACUUUGGUAACAUCCUUCCGAUAGACUGGUCAAAAUCCUAUGCAAGGGAACUGCAUGCUAAAGUGCUAAAUCUUGGGGAGCGCAAGGAUUGUGUGUCCCCUAAUCUGGACCUGUCUGAUGACGAGGAGCUGGCCCAGGCAUUUGACAUGCAUUCCCUCAUUGUGAGCAGUCUGACCCAGAAUGACUCUGACCACGUAGAAACGGCCGAGGAAGUCAUCAGUGAAAUUGAGUGCAUGAUGCAGGAACCACAGCAUGACAACCCUGCAGAGCUGUACCCUAUAGAGACCGUACCUUAUACUACAAUCAAAGAUUCCCUCCCCUCCUACUCAGAAGCUGAGCUGAAGGGGAUGUCCAACACCAAGCUGAAUGAGGUCCUGGCGGAGUACGAGGUGAUCAUCAAAGAGCUGUCGGAGACGUUGAUCCGUGAACUGGCCCUACGUGACGAAUACGAGUACGAUAAAGAGUUGAAGAACCAGUUCAUCUCUCUGCUCCUCACCAUACAGAAGCGGCGCAGAGAGAGCAAUCUUGACAAAAAGAAGAAGAAAAACAAACCAGCUCCACCCACGUCCAGCGUCAACAAUAACCUGACUAGUCCAGAUGGCCCCAAAACUUUCCUUACAACAGUUAUCCCCUACCACACAUUUGAAGGCCCGCCGAGAUCUGAACAACUCCAAAUUUACAUAAAAAUACUACAGGCCAUAAAUGAAGAUAGUCCAACAGUCCCCACACUUCUGACUGACUACAUCUUGAAAGUUCUCUGCCCGACAUAAGAGCUGUGAGGAUGAGACGAGCACCCAAUAUGUUACAUGCCUAGCCAUUUUGUAUAUACAGCCAUGGUUUCUGUGACACUGCCAACAGCGUUUUCUCAUUUUUGUUGUUGUUUUGACCUCCGGAGCACUUCAGUAAUUACUUGUGUUAUGUUGUUUUCAUGGCAGCUCAGCAGACAUAUUCAGCUUCCCAUUCAUCCUGUACAUACAAGCAGUCAUUGUGUGCUAUAUUAUUUUGUAGACAAAACAUAUUGUAUGUACAUACAAGUUAAGCAUUCAUUGUAUACUAAUCAUCCUGUAAGUGGAAUUGUACAAUAAUUGUACAUCAUUAGCAUUUUCACCCAAAGCAUCGCAAAAGUCUGCACGAUGGUAUUUCAAAGGCCAUUUUCUUUCAUUUUUUUUUUUUUCAAAAUAAAUAAAUAAAUAUUUUAUUCAGCCUGUAUGUAACACUCAAAAAGCUUUUUUCUCAUUGGCUAGGGCAAAGGGCACCGGAAAAUGAUCUUAUUGAGAUGGAAUUACAGUUUGAAGUGCUUAAUGAGAUCUCAUCUUCUUUGAUUCAUAAUUUUUUCGUAAUCAAGUACCAGAUAUAUCGCUCGUAUGACAAAAAACAUCUCACUAUAGCCGAGGACUACAAAAUGUUGGGCAAUAAAAAUGUUCGAUUUAGAAUGCACUUAGGUAUGCUAGUUCGAAAGCAAAGACAUUUCUUUAAAUAUAAAAGAACUUUCUUGUGUCGGUGAGAAUAGGAGAUCAGGGUUCCAAUUCAAGGAUCAUAGUGUUUGGAUAUGUCCCUGGGCCCAGGGUUCCAAUUCAAGGAUCAUAGUGUUUGGAUAUGUCCCUGGGCCCAGGGUUCCAAUUCAAGGAUCAUAGUGUUUGGAUAUGUCCCUGGGCCCAGGGUUCCAAUUCAAGGAUCAUAGUGUUUGGAUAUGUCCCUGGGCCUAGGGUUCCAAUUCAAGGAUCAUAGUGUUUGGAUAUGUCCCUGGGCCCGGGGUUCCAAUUCAAGGAUCAUAGUGUUUGGAUAUGUCCCUGGGCCUGGGGUUCCAAUUCAAGGAUCAUAGUGUUUGGAUAUGUCCCUGGGCCCGGGGUUCCAAUUCAAGGAUCAUAGUGUUUGGAUAUGUCCCUGGGCCUGGUGUUCCAAUUCAAGGAUCAUAGUGUUUGGAUAUGUCCCUGGGCCCGGGGUUCCAAUUCAAGGAUCAUAGUGUUUGGAUAUGUCCCUGGGCCUGGUGUUCCAAUUCAAGGAUCAUAGUGUUUGGAUAUGUCCCUGGGCCCGGGGUUCCAAUUCAAGGAUCAUAGUGUUUGGAUAUGUCCCUGGGCCUGGUGUUCCAAUUCAAGAAUCAUAGUGCUUGGAUAUGUCAGUAAUGUUUGAGACAUCAAUAUUUUGAAUAAUUACUGCAGAAAUGGAUUUACUCCUCCAUGCUUUCUCAGUUCCACAUGCUCUUGUUCUUCUGUAAACUUCAAAUGCUUGACCAAUAGGACCUCGUCUGUGUUAAGAAUGAAGUCAUAUACGGCUGUAUUAGCAAUAUGGGCAAGCUAGGAUUGGCGAUUUACUAUUAAGGUCAUUACAUCUAUCCAUCGCGCUUUGUCAUAUUUGAAAUCUAGUCCUGCUAAGCUUAAAACCACAAGCACCAUCAGCAUUGAAACCAUUAUCAAACAUCAUAACUAUCAAUUUAUUAUAAUCCAAUAUUUGUAUGUAGCAUUCAAACUCCUAGAUGAAUCGUGGCCUUGUAGACGAAGUAUAAAAGUUACGUUAUUAAUGAUAAUAACUGGAAGAUAUUGGACUAGAAAGCUAUAUACAUGUCACCUUGGUAAAAUACAAGCUGCUUUCUUCAGACUCUGCUUUAUAGAAUUCAUAUUUAGAUCUUUCGUUUGAAACCUAGCAGACCCAUAGAAAAAUAAUAAUUUAAUACCUAAAAUACUUCAGAAAUACAUGUAUUGACACUAUUGCAUAAUGCUUCAUCCUAUAUUAGUCAUGGUUUUUUUUCAGUUUUACCAGAAACAUGACUGUUUUUAUGGGAAGUAUUUACUAUUUUUAUGGGAAGUAUUUAGUAAAAGCUUGCACUUACUAGCUCAUCCUGGUACACAUUUUGUCAGGAUUUCCUUAUUACUGAACCUAGUGUUGUGAUCAAAUAUUCAGUCAGACUCUUCUGAUUGUAUGGUCAGUAAAAAGUUUGACCUGGUAAACAAUUUUCAGAAUCAAUGUAAGGCUUGAUCUUAUUCAAAAUGCCAUGGUCAAUGUAAAGCUUGUUGAGUCUGUUGAAUUAUACCAUUAAGUUUUGUACAUAUUUUUCCUCCCUGUAUUUGCACGGACUAUAUGGAUUUUUGCAUUGUGAAGUAUCUAUAAUAUUAUGUGUGUAUUUACUAAUGUCAUGUUGAGAGUUUAUGCCAGUGUACAGUAUAAUCUCGUUAUACUGUCAAAGUUUGUUCAGUGAAAAUUUUGUGUUGUAUAAUGUAAGGGGGUUUGUCAAUAUAUCUUAGAAAUUAAAGGGUGAUUAAAAGAAUAUUUAUGGUAAGUUAUGCGACACAUGAAGUGAGAGGCAUUAUAUUGAGGUUUUACUGUAUAUUUUAUGUAGAGUGAAAAAUAAUUUGUACACAUAUAUUAUACAUGUACCUGAUAUUCAAUAACAAUAUUGUCAAUUAGCUUCAUGCUACCUAAUAUACGUGUAUAUCUAUAUAUCUAUACAUAUAUGGGCAAUGUGCAAAUAAGUAUCAUAUCUUUGUGCAGCGGUAACAUUAAUUUGAUCAAUAUAAAUAUAUGAUACACAGUCUACAAGAAAUCAAACUUUGAUUGAUAUUGAUUUACCACUUUUUUAUAUGCUAGAUAUUUCAUAUGUUUUUACACCUGCGUUUUAGAAUAACCAUGUUGUUUGUAAGGUGAUGCUUGGUUUAACAUGUGGCGUUGUUAGCCUGAUAAUUUAUCAAAUAACACACACACUCGUACUGCAAGUAUAUAUAGUUAAUCAAAUUUUACAAGUACUGUAUUAAGAGCUUUGUAUUCAUUUCUCGGUGUUGUGGAAAUCCUGUAUGUUGCGUAAUCAAUACCUUCAUCAAGAGAAAAAUAUCAGAUAUAUUAUACCAUACAAUUUAAAAUGUAUGCGGUUCUUGAUAUUGAAUUGAAAAAGAAAUAGAGUAUUAUAAGCAUAUUCCAGUUCUGUCCCGGUCAAUAUGUAUGCUGUAUUGAAAUACAUGAAUGAUCAUAUAUCUAUAUAUAUAUAUAAAGAAUCUAUGAAGAUUGUUUAAUUAAUGAAGGUGAUAUAAUUAAUAAAGAAAUGAGCAUUUAGAUUUAUUUUCGAUUAUCUCCCUUAGAUUAAAAAUAGCAUUUAGUAAAUCUCAGUCUGAAUAUUAAUGAACACGUUUGUACAAUAGUUAAAGAAGCUUUGUUGAUUAUCUGGUAAGCCGAAGCUGUGCUACCCUUACAGAAUGGUUAUAAAGGGAACCGUUUGAUACAAAUCUAUUUGUCAGAUAUAUAGUACUUAAUACAGUGGACAUGCAUGUGUAAAUCUGAAUUACCAGAAGCAAGUUUGCAUGUACAGACUGGAGGAGUUUGAACCAACUUAAGAUAAUUGAAACUGUGAGGGAAUGUACACACAAAUGUUUAUGUUAUAAAGUAACAAAUCCAAGGCUGCAGUAAAAAUAUAAAUACAUAGAUGCUUAGAUUUUAUUCUGACAAAAUUAGAAUUUUACAAUCCUUUGGCAGUCGGCUCUAAAGUAAAAAAUAAUUAAACAUAUAUAUACAUUGAAGAACAUGUAUAUAAUGACUUCAAUUCAGGAAGAUUGCAAUAUGAAUUUACCUUAUAACACUUCAUACAUUAACAGUACUUUCUUGUUAUAUUAAAAAGAACUAACACUGUAGAACAGAUUAACUAUUCAGGUUCCAUGAUCUAAUCAGGUUUACUGUGUGUUUAAUACUGGUGUUAAUGUAAAUGAGCUAUAAUAUACAGUAUUUAUUUUCCUGUCUGGUUCAGGUUGGUUUCAAAUCUUCAUCACAUGACGCUUUUAAUAUUUAUAAGGUGGGUUACACAUACUUUGAUUUCCCUCACUAUAUAAUUUCAGCACUAGCUACACUUCCAAAUCUGUUUUUUUCUUUCCGUUUCAUUGAUCUUAAUAAGGUGUUUUCUAGAAGGGAUAUUGAGAUGGUGACAGAGUCUGCUAGUCAUCUGUUUAAUUUUGUGUCGGGGACGGUUGACCUGUGUAUCUUUUACUUUUACAGUAAUCUAUUCAUCAUGUCGGUCAAACAUUUGUUGCGCAAUAGGAUAAGUAUUUAUGUGAUCAACAGGUAUAUUAUGGGUCACUUGUAAUACAGCCACUAGAUGGCACAUUGCUUGCAAGAGGUUUUCUCCUCUUCUCCCCCCUCCAAUUUUUUUUUAACAAUUUCGUAUUCCAUUUAAGAGUAGUUUGGGAUGUAAAUCAAAUACAUGAAAUGGAUGAAAAUAAUAGAAACAUUAUCCUUAAAAAAAGAGUAAAUUUCAUGGCUCUCUGAAUUAUAUUUGAAAAGCAUGUUGUUUUAAAAAUGUGUGCAGCCAUCAAUCCAUGUCGUGAAAAACUACAGGUUCAAGUGUCAAAGUUUAUGAAGAUAAAGAUAAGGAUGACAUGUAUAUAGGUGGGGACCAAUGUAUCUGUUAGAUUUAAGAGUAUUUGAUCCCUCGUGAGUCGAGAUGACCGAUUUCUACUGCAUGUGUAUGUAUGUGACGUACAUACAGGUAUCAAAUCAUACAAGUUGUAGAAAUAAGAAGUUUUGUGUGUGAUAUAUUUGUGUAGAAGCGUAGUUUCAUCACGACAAAAUUGCUUUGUCCAGGGUUGUAUAUAUAUAUAUAUAUCCAUCGCUUUACGUAUAUCUGUUUUCUAUUUAACAUUUUUUUGUGAUAUCCAUUACAAGUUUAUUGAUGUUAUUGAAUGAACUGUUUAUUUGUUUUGCUUUUACAAGCUGAUUCCACCUGCUGAAUAAUCAAACCAUUUGAAAACAAAUCCUUACAUCAUUUUGAACUGGGACCGUAUAUACUAUAAUACAGUUAUAUAUAAUCGUAGUCCCAGGUUCUAGUUUAAAUUUUUUCUCAUUACUUAAUAAUCUAUAAUCAAAAUGAUAUAUGCUUUAGUGGAUUAUUUGCUUGGAAAUGAGAAGAAAAGUUAAUUCCUACAACAACUUGGAAUAUAUAUAUCAUUCUCUGUAUGGAGUGCACCAAUUGCUAUGAAAUGUUGACCGUAUAUUUACAUAUUACUCGGUAGUUGGCUUUUGUGGCCAGUGAUAUAAAGCUUUAUAUAGUGUUAGUAUUAGGUUGUGUGAUCAGUAUGAUUGUGUUGUGGUCUUAUUUGGUAAGAACGAACGGUUGAGUUUUCACUUGUGUAUUAAUAAAUAAGUAAAAAGACUAGAUCUGUUUUGAAUGUUGCCAACUGUAAGGAAGUUAUUUUGAAAGGGAUUUUAAUCAUUGAAGCAGGAAUGUACGGCUUUAAACUUCUUUGAUUGAAGGAAAAAAUUAUACAUCUUGUGGUAUACACCAAUCUUGAAGUCGAUUGAAGGAUUCAUAAGUUGAAAUUUGAUGAAAAACAAACUUGACAUCAUUCUUGUAAAGAACAAUAGCAUUUUGGUCCACAGUAAAGAGAUUGUAUCUAUGGUUAACUUCUUGCUUUUCAUACAGACAGCCAGGCAUUGAGUGUGGAAUUGUCAGAGGUUGUUGUCAUGGUAACGUAACCACAGAACUCUCUUUUGGCUGAUGACCGUAUAGUUCCUUCCUAGUGAGAAAACACUGAAUAAAAACUUCAGUAUUCAAAAAAAAGAGAUUGAAAAACAAAUAUCUCAAAUAUUUGUGAGGCUAUGUUAGUUACAGAGGAUGCUUUUUAAGUUGUGAUGUAAACAGAUAGAGCAAGCAUGAAACAGUCGGCAACAUUUAAUGAGAUACAGUUCAGUUUAUUCGUAAUAUAUAUAAGACAUUGACGAUUGCUUUUGUGUAUAUCAGUAUAGGAAAUGCACACAGAAUAAAUCCUCUUUGUUUGUGACUGUGAAGUAUUAAUGAGUGGAUUUUAUCACUAGUUGAAGUGCAAAAUGAGUCCCAAUUUUUCCUGUCUCAAUUUUAAAUUAGAUAACUUUAUUACUGUUCGACGAAGAUCAAGGGAGGAGCACUCUUAUUAUUGUGCCAUGAAUUCAAUGUCAAGUGUAGCCAUUUUUUUUUUCCAUACUUUUUUCCUUGUGAAACUUACGCAGGUAUUGUGAGAAACAUUUGUGUAUCAAUGUGAAAUCAUGAUUUUGAAUCAGUAAAUAGAAAUAAAAAUCUUUAACUUAUG